AUGUCGCAACUAGCCCAAAAAAUAUUUUUUUGGUCGUCGUCGUUGAAGAGGUCGACCCCCAGAUCCAGUUUGGCUGGUAGCGACAUUGCGAAAUCUGGGAUUGGCAAGCUUGAUCGUGAAACUGGCACCCAAGGUGCAGUUGGCCAAGCCGAGCACAUUGCUCUAUUCAAAACCCCACGUUUCAUUGUAAAUUUUGGAGAUACAGGCGUCUUUAUGUUUUUACUAUUUCACUACAUCAUACUUUUCAAAGUGCUCGCCGUGGCCAAAUUUGUGGCUCAAGAACAAUCACUAAGGACUAUCGUUGCUGCUGGGCCAUCUGUUGGCGAUACUUUAGUCGAUUUCAUAAGCAUGGAAGCAUGCUCGGAGGAUACACGUACUACGGAUGGCAGCAAGGAGGGUGAACAAUCGCAGCUUGAGAAUGAAUUCAAUGAUGAAGAAAAUGGCAUGCCAUUGGAUACAAGAAGCUCGCUGGUGGUAUAA